AUGUAAUAAACAGAAAUUUUAAUUCCUUAGGGUAAUGGCUCAGAGGACAACGGAUUCGAUAACCCUGACCAGAUCGCUUAGAGAAAGAUCGUAAAAGUUAAGAGAUCAAUCCAGUCUAAUUAGGAUGUUGGAUCAAACCACGGAAAGCUUCAAUUAAGUGGCUAGAUCAAUCCAUCUGAUACUAAGACAGAGUAUUAAGAUGAUAAAUCUGAAGACAAGAAGACUGAAUAGAAAGAAAAACCAGCAAGUAUGUUUGGAAAUUUAGGAUCAAUAAAUGCAACAGGUGGCGCACAAACAUCAAUGUUUGGAGGCUAAGCCUCAAAUUCAGGCCAAAGCUUGUUCGGCUCAGGAUUUAAGUUCACUACUACUACUAGCACCACUGGAGGCGCUAGUAUUUUUAAUGGAGGAAGUUUGUUCGGGUCAAGCUCAACUGGAGGCUCACUUUUUGGAUCAGGAGCACCAAGUGGCUCAUUAUUUGGUAGUUCAUCAACUACUGGAGGAUCACUAUUUAGCUCAACCACACCUCUCUUUGCCGGAAAUAAUGCUCUUUUUAAGGCUCCAGAGUCAAAUAAGAAUGGAGAUGGAGAAGGAGAUGAAGAAGAUGACGAUGAUAACUUCGGUAAAGGUGAUGGAAGUCCCCCAGCUUUUGGUGGAGAUUAAUCUGGAGGAUUCGGCGAAUUAUCAAGACCAAUGAAGCUCAAUAUUGAAUCAAGACCACCAGAGAAGAGUCCAUAUGUGAAAAAAUUCAGUAACUAAGUUGAGAAAUUCAAGCUAGUUACCCCAGUUGUAGUAGGUGGCUAAAAGAAAGAGGAGAAAAAGUCUAUGGGCAGAGGCAAUAUCUCAAUUGAAGUAGCAGAGAUAAACAAUAAGUAGGUGUACAUUUGUGUAUUCAGAAACCUAAUCGGCAAAAAUCUCUACCAAGGAACUAUUAGUUCAAAAUUCUCAAAGAAGAGAAGAAUUGAAGAAAAAGCUAUGAAACUACAGCUUAAAUUAGCUUUGGUUACCCUUGAUCCAGCCACAAAGAAAUCAAAAGUAGAUUAUUCAGUCAUCUCAUUCACGAGAAGUGAUGACCUAAAGUAGUUUGAAAAAGAAUUCGAGGAUGCAAUAAACACUAUAAAAUCCUAGGAGACUGAUUCUGCUAAGAGUGAAGAAUCUAAAAAGGAAUGA